AUGGUAACGGUGCGUUCCAUAGACUUCAUAAGGCAGAGUCUACAGGACGCACGUGCUAGUACAAGUGCGCCAAGAAAACAAAGUAAAUAUAAGACACAACUAUACGAUGAGAACAUCCGAGAUUUUCUCCCGUCCAGUCCUGGAAUAGGCAUGCAUGUAGAAGUGAAAGAUCCCAACAUGAAAGUUAUUUUAUCUAAAUAUUAUGCGUCUGAAGGACGGUUCACAUUUACGUCACAUUCACCCGGUGAACACCUUAUUUGUCUUCACUCUAACUCCACUCGCUGGUCACUGUGGGCAGGAGGAAAACUGUUCCGUGAGGAGCGCUUUAGAGCAACCAGUGAAAGCACCAACCAGCGUGUGUUGUGGUGGGCUCUCGCACAAACCCUGAUUCUUCUGUGCACUGGAUUCUGGCAGAUGCGUCACCUUAAAGGAUUCUUUGAAGCAAAGAAACUAGUUUAAUCAAAUUGGCUGUUGCAAUGUUUUACUUGACUUGGCUGGAACUGAGACAGGAUCCAGUUCACUUUGUCAUUUUCUCUGACAUUGAUGGUAUACUUGUGGUCUAAAGAUGGCAGAGUGUAUAGCAGAAGCCUUCUGGGCAACAUCUAUGUACCGAAUGGCUUAAACAUUACUUUCUCUCAUAUUGUAUACUUUAAGCAAUGUUUAUAGUCUAACAAAUACCUAGUGGAUUUUUCAGUUUCUGUUUUAAAGAACUUCAACCUGAUUUGACCUAAAGAACUUUCUUAACCGUAAUACUUUUGCACAAAAUAAUAACGGUAAUUGUUUCAAUGGGUGCUGUUUUGAGCUGAUUCCCUCAUAUCGCUUGUUUUAUUCAAAGGUAGAAUGAAUUUCGAUGUCCAUUUGGGACACAUUUGCUGGAAUGCGUAAAGCUGGCAUCCAGAAUGUCAGCAAAUGCAUGGUGACUUGUUAUACUUGUUGCAGGGACAUUAAGUUGUGCCUGCUGCUUGAUCACCAGCUUGGAGACCCAAGAGAACAAUCACAAUCUGAGGGACAUACAGUUUGAAGGGUUUGUUAGAAGUAGUUGGCUGCAGCUGCUGUUGAAAAUCGUCAUCUACUUCACGAUCUUGACUGGCCACACUGCCUGGGUUUGUGACUGAUUCUAUAGAAAAAGAUUUAAAGAUCAGCCGGCUACAUACUGUAACAAUAGAGAGAGCAAUCUACGGUACAGUGGAACCAGGUUGGGAUUUCAGAAUGUGGCUGUUGGCCAUAUUGACAGGGUGGCUACAUUAGCAAGGUUUUCUUAUAAGAAAAUGUAUGAGUGUUUUGUUGGGACAAAAAAAAGUGGCUGUAAUAACAAGGUGACAGUGUGAACAAGGUGACCAUAAGGUGGAGUUCCACUGUACUUCAAACCUUUGUGACAACCCUGGACAUACCUCCUGAACUUUCGCAUACCAGCUUCAUUUCAUUAAAAGGAACCAGAUUUUAUUUUAAGAAUGGGUAGUUCUUCUGAGAAAACUUAGUCCUAUGAUCUAUACUAAGUCUUGUUAUGUGAUGAAAUUAGUGUGAACUUUGAAUCGCUCUCUUUUUCUUCCAUGACUGUAUUUCUCAAAACUGCGUAAAGGUUUUUACAUCAAGAGCAUUUUUCUAAUAACAUUUUAAUGGUAUGUAUUUUAAUUUCCUCAAAAUUUGUGUAAUUACACACUCCUUUGAAUCAUUAGAAAACUGCUGUUGUUGUUGCUAGUACUGCUGCUGUGGUUGUCAUUUUGUGUUUUAUUUUUCAGUGAACAAUAAAUUGAUUAUUGGUUCAUACUCAAGACAGACCAAUUAUGUGAUGGCCCCUUUAUAUAUGUGACUUCACUGGCCUUUGCUGAUGGUUACACAUUAUGGUUUUGAUAGCUGUAACGUUUUCUUUUUUUUUACAGUCGUUUUCAAUUUUAUUGUGGUCUAACCUUCGUUUAAGUUUCCAGGGAGUCUUUGGGAAAAUUGCUCUCUAAACUAGUCAUACUGUAUUACUGCUCUUGUUAUGAAAGUUUUGGUCUUUAGAUGUUAAAAAUCUUAUUAUUCUUACUGAACCUCUCAUUUGCUAUCAAAUACUUCCAAACCUCUUAAAAAUUGUGCAAUAAUAAAAAACUGACCUUUUUAUUAUAAAUUGUUGAAUUGGUUAGGGGGUACAGAUUAGUACAAACACUACCUGUGUAAUUUACAGACAUCUUGGCUUACUUACUGUACAUGUAGUUUACCUUGUCUCUUAGUCAAUAAUCACUUAAUGACUGCCCCCAAGGGAAACAGUGAGGUUUGUUUCCUUGAGACCCUCAAUGUUCUCCUUGCCUUCACCUUUGGGAACAUUGAGGACAUUGAGGGUCGAGGGGAAACAAAACUUACUGUUUUGCUCGGGGCCAGUCAUUAAGUGUUUUGUUACACCUCCCAAAUCAAAAAUGCAACAAACUACAAAAAAAUUAUUUCUUGACAUUGGCUGGCAUGCAAAUUUGCCAGUUUCAUGGUGCACAACCUAAUCACGCGUGAGUCAAAAGUUUAAGUUGCUGUUUCCCUAGGGAGUUAGUGAGUUUUGAACCGCGACACAUGACACAUUCUCCUGUAUUCAGAAUAUUUAUUUGGGUUGGGAAGUGUAACAAAAUAUUACAAUGAAGUAUAGAUAUAAACUUGACUUCUAUGAUGUAGAAGCGGUAAUAAAAAUAACAAAUUGUACAUUUAAAUAUCAGUACCCAAGACCAAAAUUUAUGAGAGCACCCAAUAAGACACCUAGCUAUUUCAGACAGCCUGUAUGCUCCAAAUUGAUUAACUCCACCACUUAGAGUACAGUUAUACUCGACCACUUAAAUGCUAUGUAAGAGGUCCUGUUUCAAAAGCCAGAGGUUUUUUUUAAAAGGAAAGGAUGGAACUUACAAAAGGGAGCAAGUCUUCAAACCAAGAAACCUGUGGCAAUCUGACAUAUUUUUCAGAAGCUCACAAAUAUUGUGGAAGGUUUGCCCAGUUGCAGAGAGAUCAAACUUAAAUAAAACCUGAACAUGUA